CUUCAUUUCCUCCCAUAAGCACAAAGGAUAUGGACUUACGACCUAUGCAUUCAAACCUAACUACUACUACCAAAACCUAUAUAUAAGAACCAUAAAAGAGUUGUUAUUACAACUUUUAACCACAACUCUCCAAAAUACUUAAUGCUCAGACACUAUAAACAUUUUCUUUAAAGAAAUCAAUUUACUCGUAUCUUUCUAUCAAAAGUAUCAUUCUUUGCAAAUUAAAUAUAUAUCCCGUUCAUAAAUAUGGUCUAAUUAUAUAAAAAAAAAUUUACUUGUAUGAGAUUUGACUAUAAGAACCAAUUGGUAACAAAGCAACACAAACACUUGAAUCUUGUAAUUUGAAAACAACUUUAUGAAGCUUUAAACAUUCAGACUUUCUGACAAAUAAAACCCAAAAAAUUGCUCCUAUUUUCCACUUUCCACUCUCUCUCCUCUUGUAUUCUACACCAGUUCCUUGCUUCCUCGUAUACUGAGCAACAACACACCAUUUUUUCUUAAUCUGUCAAAAACCCUCCUAAAUUUAUAAAAUCUCCCCCAAAUUUUGAACAAUUUUCUGCUUCAAACUAGCUAAUUCAAAUCAAUUACAUACUUAUUUUACAAAACAAUCACACAAAAUUGCAAAAAUUUGUUUAUUCAAUGGUUCAAUUUUGAACCCAUUUGUAAUUUUCCCCAGUUUGUUUUUUUUUUUUUUUUUGUUUUUUUUGUACGGAAUCAUUGCUGUAAAACCUAAAAUAAUGAGAGUGAACCGUAAAUGUUGUUCGCAGAUUAUUCGUUUCGUUGUUGUUGCUGCUGCUGUUGUUGUUAAUGGUGAUGAUGAUGUCUCAGUCACUCUCUCAAAACAACAACAAUAAUAAUAGUACAAACAACAACAACAGCAACCUACAAAAUCAUCAUCAUCAUCACCAUAGUCAGCCACCUCCGCCGCUAACUCUAUCUCCUCGUACCUCGUUGCCUCCACCCCUUCCUCCGUCCUCCCACCGCGCUGACCAUGCCAUUCCCAUUUCUUCCUUCCAUCCGGAUGUUAUUCUGGCGAGGGUUCGGGUUUCGGAUAUUGCCCCAUAUGAUGGGGCGCCUUGUGGGACUUACCUGAAGGCUGUGGAGGCCCUUUCUGGGUCCCUAAUGAGGCAUAAUGCCGCGGUUCUUGAGCUCGGAAGCAACGAUGCCGCGAUCAUGAGGUGUGGGUUGGAUUCAGCAAGGCUGUAUUUCAGAAAUAGGGCUGGAACUGUUGGGAAAGGAAGUAGAGGUGUUUACAUGUAUAGGGCUGGAAGGGCUUUGGAAGAUAGUGAUUCAUCUCCUCCAUGUAUGGCUGAAAUUUUUAGAUGCCUAGGUAAAGCUGCUCGUGCUGUAUUGUGUGCUAUUGCUAGGCACCUCCGUCUGCGCAGCGAUGUUUUUAGCCAGCUCCUUGAUGAUAACCCGCUACCUGCUAACGAGGCAUCAUCAUCUGUUCUUGUUGCAACCUAUUUCCAUUCUCCUAUGCAAAAUGGAAAAGGGGCUAUUGGAGGAGGCAAGCCAUCUAUCAAUGGUGAAUAUGAGAAGGGUUUGUUAACUCUGAUAUCUUCUGAUACUCCUGGCCUGCAGGUCUGUGAUCCAAAUGGUCGAUGGUACCUGGCAGAUAGUGGGAUAGGUUCUGGUUCUGUUUUAUUGCUGACGGGAAAGGCACUUAGUCAUGCAACGGCAGGCCUGCGUCCUGCUGCCACAUAUCGUGCAGCAUCUGAUACCUCCUCAAGUACCGGUUGUGUUGGAAGGACUUCAUUAGCCUUUAGGCUUAUGCCGCAGAGCAAUGCCAUUCUGGACUGUUCGCCCAUUACUGCUGCUGGUCAUGUCAUUCCUCACAGUUAUGCUCCCAUAUCUGUAAGCCAAUUCAUGGAUGAUCUCUCUGCAGAAGAAGAUACCUUGUGCAAAUACAGUGACAGUACAUAUGUGGAGCAAAACAAUAUUAACAAGGAGCCAUCUUUGAGAAGUGUACUUUCAGAUCCUUUAUCUGGUGUAUUUCUUGAAGAUGCCAUGGUCGUCUCUUGUGGACACUCAUUUGGGGGUCUUAUGCUGAGAAAGGUUAUUGAAGCGUCCAGGUGCAUGCUGUGUCAUACAGAAAUCGAGACCCGGUCAUUGAUUCCAAACCUUGCUUUAAGAGCUGCAGCUGCAACUGUGAAGCAAGAGGAUGAUCGAAGACUCUUCCAUAAUUCAACUCUUCGAAAGCGACGGAAAGAAAUUGGUGAUCAGAUAGAUUCGGGAAGAAGGAUCAACAAGGAAGAAGGCGAUAUUACUCCAGAUAGUGGGCUGCAAAGGGUUCAUUAUCCAUUUUCAGUAAAUGAGAAAGUAGUGAUAAAGGGGAACAGGAGAACACCAGAUAAAUUUGUUGGAAAAGAAGCUGUAAUAACAUCUCAGUGUCUUAAUGGAUGGUAUUUGCUCAAAAUUGUUGGAAGCGGAGAAAGUGUUCGCUUGCAAUAUAGGUCUCUACGAAAGCUCACUGCUUCUCAGACAAGUGAGGAUAGAUGUGCAUCUGACCCUGUUCAAAGUAGUAGCCAAGAACAAAAAUCCUGAUUGCUUCUCCCUGUCCACCCUCCCCUUUCACCUAUCCGUGCUUUAGAUCACCAUUUGUUACAUUUUCUUUGGUGUGAUCUUCAUGUAAAUUGAUCUCAAAGAAAAUUAGUCGGUUUUACAUUUUGCCUGACUGGCAUAUUUUUCGUUAGCUUGCGAGUGAGAUUUUGAUUUAGGUGGAUUCCCCACAGUAGCUUGUAAUUUGCUGUCUAGAAAUGUGUACAGAUCUGUAGGAAGCCUAAGGGCAUUUUACCGAUACGGCUGCUGUUCUUGACAACUUUGUACCAUUAAUCACUACAAAAUUAGAGUAUCAUUUGACUUAGCAUACUGUGUACAUUUAACUAUAUCAUACUGAGUGAUUAAAUCUUGUUUUCUCUCCUUCCCUUUC